AUCGCCAUGACACACGAAACAUCCACAGCUGUCCGCUUGAGACUGCUCUCGAAUGGCGCCGCGGAGUAUUUGGAGACCAGAGCACACGAGAGUCUGGGACUGGAGCUGGCGGGGUCUGAGAGUCUUCAAUAUGAGCCGCUUCGCGACCGUUUCAUAGCAAAGGAUUUUGCGCUAAGAGGAAAAGACCAAAAUACGCAAUCCAAAGAAAAGCUGAAAGACUUGGAGUCAACGCUAUCACGAUUCGCAAAGAUACUGAAAGAGAGGGGCUGCGACGAUCAACUCGGCAUAGUUCUGAAGGAGCCUACAAACUAUCAACUCGAAGACGUCCUUUCCGUUACAGAAUCUAUUCAAAAGAAUUACCGUGACGCUGAGAAUGUCAAAACCACCAUGGGUGUGAUUCGAAAAUUCUUUCGGAAAUCAGGGGAGCAUCAUGGGCAACUCAGUCGACUACUUAAAUUUGUUCCGAAUGACAAUUACGGCGCAAUCAUCUUGGGAGGCUUCACGUUGAUCAUAGGGGCAGCCGGGCGAGCGGACAAGCUCCGCACAGUAAUAUAUGAAACUCUCGCCAAGAUUCCUCUCAAGCUCAGUGAAGUGCAAGAACUAGCGGAAGUUCAUUAUCGAUCAGGGAUUCUGCAAAUGCAUGCUGAUGCCGUUUUCGUGUCCAUCUUUGUGACCUUGGAAAAAAUCGUCAAUGAAUUGACAAAAAAUGUGGCGAAAAAAGGGAUUUCGCUCUUAUUCAAGGGUGAUAGGCACGGUUUUGAUGUCACAGAAGCGAUUCAGGCUGUCGAAAGUAGCCUCGAGGAAUUCAGAAUACAAGUCGGCAUAUGCUCUGAGCAAAGAUUUGGCCGAAUGGACAUGAAGAUGACUAGGUCAAUGCUCGCUGCAGAAAGCUGUGAGGAGAAGGCAAGUGAAAUGGUCUCUGGACUUGCUGGUCUCAGUCAACAGGUGGUCAGCCUUAGCGAGCAGCUGGAAGGCUUCAAGAAAAGGCACGCCGAAGCGAAAGAGACACACAAACAAUUGUUUGAAGCGGCAGAACAGCCGAGCCCCCUACGUUUAUCCGAUGGGACUCAAGAGGAAGAACAAAAAGAGAUUGUGGGCUACUCAAAACUUCAAGUCGAUGUUUUCAACCACAUAUACAUGCUGCUAACCGCUAGUCCUGCAUUUGAUUCUAAUACAGGCAAAAUUGAUCUCCAAAGGGCAUUGGCGAUGAGGACGGAACGCGAAUCUGCCGCGGCUAGACGGAAUCACAAAGCUGUAUCAGCCUUGCUCAGACUUCUCAAACCCACCUGCACCACCGUCGACAGUGAUCUCAGGGAAGCUUUUGAUGGAGCUGGCACGAUGAGUGCAGGCGAUGUGGAAAAGAUUCAAUUCGCAUUAACGUCUGAUGCAAUGUAUCGGUGGCUCAAGUUGCCCCGCUCGAACGUGCUGUUGGUCGAGUGUCAAACAUUUCCAGUCACGAUUCCGAACCCAAUUACGUAUGUGACGGCAUAUCUUACCAAGAUGCUACGAGAGAAAGAGUACCCAACUACCGCAUUCUUUUGUGGAUUACAGGCCAAUACAUCAAUGGACAAGCGGAAGUCUGGUCCCAUUGCACUUAUCAAAAGCUUGCUGGCACAACUGCUACUUGAGGUCGAGAAAAAACGGCCGACAACACAUAUCGCUCAAACGAGAGCAUUUGUGAAAAAUGGCGAAUCGCUUAAAGACGUUAACUUUGUUUUCGAUUGUUUACACCGCUUUUUGUCCUUGAUCGACAGUCCUACUGGUGGUAUAUUCAUACUCAUUGACUCGGCUGUGUAUCUCACAGGUUCUGACGCCGAGAAUAGUGAGAUUCUUCGAUUGCUGUUGAGUCUAACGAGGGAUUCAAAGCUUAUGGUAAAGAUUCUUAUCACUGGAGUCUUCUCUGUCACUACCGUUCAUGGUUUGGCAUGUGAAGUGUUAUACGUUCCAGACGAUAUACCCGGUGGUGGUAUUGGGUUUGAUCCUAAUUUUCUGGAAGAAAGUAUGCUGGAAUCGUUUGGGGAAUUUGAGCUGCUGGAAGACAACGAAGAAGAGAAGUCAUGA